UAUUUCUCCCUUUCUCUUCUUUUCCUUGAGCGUCACCCCUCCCUCCUGCUGGCCAAUCUCGCUGCCGAGCGCCCCAGCUGCCUCGCUCCGUCGCUCGUCUUCCUCGCACGAGAGCCGCGGCCACCCCUCACUCCUGGCCCAUCCCUCUGCCGAGCGCCGCAGCCCCCUCGCGCGAGCGCCGCCACUGCCGGUUGAUCUCCCUUUCGAUUCUCCCGCUCCCCACCGUUUCUCCUCCCAUCACCCCACGAACCGAUUCUGCCCUUUAGCUCCCCUUUUCAUCUCCUUAAUCUCCCCCGAUUCGUAGCUGAGGAAAGAAAAUAAAUUCAAGGUUAUAUUAUAUACAGCUAGUUGGCUACACUUUAUUGAGAGCCAUUACCUUAUAUCAUGGCCAGUGAAGAGGAUGUGAAGCAGCGGCAGAUUGUUGAAGACCGUGCAAGAAAUAUUAGCCACAAUGUCCGAUGCACUGAGUGUGGCAGCCAGUCCAUUGAAGAUUCACAAGCAGAUGUUGCAAUUCUUCUUAGAAGGCUCAUUCGUGAUGAAAUCAAAUCUGGAAAGAGUGACAAGGAGAUAUACAAAAAAUUAGAAGAAGACUUUGGAGAAACAGUUCUAUAUGCCCCUAAAUUUGAUCUUCAAACUGCUGCAAUAUGGUUAUCACCGGUCAUUGUGGGUGGUGUAGCAGCCGGCAUGUGGGCUUACCAAAAGCAUAGGCAAAGGACUAAUGUUCACAUCAUGGCUCUGAACCUCGUCCGAGGGGUUCCCCUGACUCCGAGGGAGAAGGAGACCAUGAUUGACAUCCUUACCCCACCUCCGCCAGCAAGGAGGUGGUGGUGGCCUGUAUGAUGAUGUUCAUGUCCUCAGGCCUCAGUAUGCAACAAAUAACACUCAUUUCCGGUGGUAGCAACAUACAAACGAUGAGGAUGGCUGACUUUAAUCUUGAUGUAUCUCCAACUUUUGAAUUUUGACCAUCACAUUUUUGGUUAAACAAAAGGCUACGGUGGCAAUCAUAAGCAGGUAUUCUCACUGCCGAUCCUGAUGUCUAGCUCUCAGAACUACGAAACCUUCUUCCUGGAGAAAAAAAAAGAACUCUAAAUUUGUUAUCUCUA